GGAAGAGCGCAGAAAUUUGAUCCGCAUUAUUGCGAGUCGUGCUGGCAAUCAUCGGGUCUGCUCCCACAGCAACUGCCCAGCCAGCCAACUGGUUCCUCUCUGUCCUCCUCGUGCUUUGGUCAAACAAGGCAGCCGAGUUUGGGGUCCGAUGGCGGCGACCCUCUUACCUCCCGUCAGGUACACCAGGAAUCUAUUCCUGCGCUGCGUCUCUGCCAUCUAUUUGAUCGCCUUCCUCUCCAUUUACGUGCAGAUUCCCGGGCUGAACGGCAGCAAUGGGAUUUUGCCGGCCAAGUCUCAACUCGAGUCAAGCAGGAGCAGAUCGCUGCUCGAACAAAUAUAUGCAAAACCAACACUUGUGUGGCUUGCGCCUCUUUUGGGCCUCGACACCGAGCACGCCCUGGAGCUGAUUGCACUACUAGGGUCUUUCCUCGCAUUUCUCGGAACCGUUAGUCAAAAGGCGUGCAUUUCGCCAACUUUCCUUCUGCUCUGGAUAUCCUACCUGUCGCUUUUCCAAGUCAAUCCUGUCUUCAUGGGCCACCAGUCGGACAAGCUUUUGCUGGAGACCGGCUUUCUCUGCGUGCUACUCGCUCCCUUCCUGCCAAAGGACACAAAGAAAGAGGCGGCCAAAGAUGCGGUUGUCCUCUGGAUGGUCAAGUGGUUACUUUUCAGACUGAUGUUCUCAACCUGCAUAGUCAAGUUCACCACCAAGGGUAGCAGGCUGUGGUGGCAACUAGCAGGUCUGGACGUUUACUUUGAGGUGCAGUGGCUGCCGAAUUACCUUUCAUGGUACUCGCACCACCUACCCCAAUGGUUUCUGCAUCUUUCAACCCUCUACACCCACUUCACUGAAGUGGUGGUGCCCUUUUUCUUCUUUGUGCCUUUCCACCUUGCAUCUGUGAUAGCAUUUUACUUCCAGAUAUUCCUACAACUGUGCAUUCUGUUCACUGGCAACUUUGGCAUUCUCAAUUUGCUCAUUUGCAUUCUAUGCAUCUCACUACUUGACGAUCGCAACUUUUUAGAGGGACCAUCAAAAAACUCGCCGCCAAAAUAUUCGCAAGUCUCAAAAAUGGCUUCCUUGGCUUUGUACGGCCUUUCUUUUGUCCUCGCAUUCAAAGCGCUCGGAUUCGGUCCCAAAGGACUUGAAGUUCAAGGCUCGGACGAAAAGGGAGUGGAGGAAUUUUUGCGCUGGUUUGCACCACUUUUCCCCGGAAUCGCGGUUGUCGCUUUUUGCGUUGAGUGUGGUAAACGAGUCACAAAGUUGCUUCUGCAGAGCGAUGGCUGCAAGGACAAAAUUUUACCACUCUUCAUUCUCGUUUUGCACAUUCUCGCUUGCAUCGCCGUCAUUGGAUUGAGUGCCGUGUCGUUUUCGUCGAUGCGCCCGCCGAGCGCCAAGGAACCACAAAUGCUGACCGCCCUUCGCCCGAUCUACAGCAAGGCCCACAAGUGGCACAUCACCAGCUCCUAUAGCAUGUACCUGCAAAUCGACGAAAAAGGCGAACGCAAGGAAGUGAUACUCGAAGGUUCGAAUUCGCUGAAGGGGCCGUGGAUCGAGUAUAACUUCAGAUACAAACCAGGAAACGUCAACAGAUCUCUGCCCAUCAUUGUACCGCACCAGCCACGAUUGGACUGGCAAAUGUGGUACACUGGAAUCAGCACAUAUCAACACAAUCCCUGGAUCCUGAGUCUAGCAUAUCGCCUUCUCCAAGGCCAACACGACGUCCUUCAACUGUUGGAUCCUUACAACCCAUUCCAACUUCCGCCUAAAUAUAUUAGGGCGUCACUUUACACCUACAAAUUCACCCCCUGGUCUGAAAACAAAUUUGGUUCGGCGUGGUGGACAAGAGUGCGGAAGGCCGACUACUUCCCGAUCUACUCGGUGGACCACCCGCCCCUGCUCGACUUCCUCAAGCAACACAAAGUCUUGGGCGCAAAGGACUGGCCGCUGCGCUCCCACUGGCUCGCGUCCCUCCUUGAAAUGAUCAGGACAAAACUUGACCCGUCUGUGUUCACCUGGUCCAUCCUUAUGGCGGCAUUUGCACUGGUCAUGAGUGGCACACGUUGAAUGAAUUAAACAAAAAUUACAAUAGCAAUGUAGCAACCUGACACGACAACGAAUGUAAUUGUUUUCACUGGAAUGGCAAUAAAAAUAAAUUGUAACCAUCGUUUUGGAAAAAAACUAAAAUUGACUAAAAU